UGGGCGGUGUUGCGCGGCAGCCUACCCUCGAUUGGUCACGCAAGCUAGAAGUGGCGUACCCAUCGGCUGAGCCUUUCUGCGCCGGCCCGCCAAAGGACUUAAUCCCGCCUCAGGGCCGGGGCUUCACAGCAGCCGAAUCACCAUUGGUCCCGUGCCUGCUUUGGUGGGCGCUCCUUUCGCCUCAGCGGGCGCAGCAAUAAUGGCGGACGGAGACCUGGAGCGCGUUCCCGACGUCGACAUCGACGAGGACGACGGCGUCUUCAAGUACGUCCUCAUCCGGGUCACGCCACGAGGCUCCGGACCGGGCAAGGAUGUCGUGCGCGGCUACGCCUGGGCCGAGUAUCACGCCGACAUCUAUGACCGCGUAUCUGAAGAUCUCUCCCAGCUGGGCUUUGAGUGCGAAUGCCAGGGCGGCGGGCGGAUUUCCCGCCAGAGUAGCCCCCGCCGGAUCCACGUCUACGGCUACUCCGUGGGCUUUGGGCGCGCAAAGCAUUCAGUGGCCACCGAAAAACUGAGUGCCGCUUUUCCAGACUAUGAGGUCACCUGGGCAGACGAUGGCUACUGACCCCCAAUGUUUCAUUUUCCCACACCUAAUAAUAUUAUAAUAAUAUCCGGUCUGGGGUCACAUUCGCACCUGGGACCUGGAGUGAAAUAAAACUGUUCUAGGCACAAA